AUCAACAGCCGCCAUCUUGACGCGGCUCAGAAUCAGGAUUUCGGGAGAGCAUUAUUCUUUAGACCGAAACGAGCCAUUUAGACCGUGCUCAAAAGGCUUUAUUCUGCAGAAAAUCGAAGUCUUUAUUCCUUCGAAGAUAAUUAUUGAGAAAAAACGAGGAUUGGAUCAGUUUUUGUCGUCUAGAGAGCCCCUCGUAUAUUUGAUUUCCCCUUCAGAGAGCGCCGCUCCGUAUCUCCGUUCCGAGACGAUGUAUUUAUCGAGAGACAGUAUCGAGAAAAAUACAUCGGCGCAUACAAAAUAUUUUUGUAAAUUUCUUGUCUUUAUUGGAGGCGAAAAUUGAAUUUAAGGCUGUUCAUUUGGACCGGGAAAAGGCGCUUAUUUAAAGAUGCCUAUCUAGGGAUUUAUGGAGAAAGGGUCUUGAAUCCACACUAUAUACUUUUUUUGUUACUAUUUUUAAUUUAUUUUUCGGAACCGAAAUAUUUUUUGUCCAUAAUUAUUAAAGAUAAUUAUGUGGGUGUUGGGUGUUGGAUUAUCAUGGGGUGAUUGUCAGCGGCGAAGCGUGGCGCUGUUGCCUUUAUUUUGAAACAUUCUACUCGGCUGACUAGUGCAAACAUUUUUCUAUCUUGCCAGCUAGUUGGUUAAAUACCCCUAUACGUGGGGUGUGAGUAAGAAAGAAGAUUGUUGCCAUAAAAAAAUCUAGCUGGAAGGAGUCGAAUUUCAUUUUGCAUCAUUAUUUAGUGAUCAUUCUUACCGAUCAGAAUGGCUGACAAUUUGCUGGACGUCGGACCUCCCAACGCAAAGCGACCGAAACUCAAUUCACCUGCGCUUUCAGCGUCAGAUGGUCCAGACCUGGUGUCGCUGUUCGACCUGGAGAAUGACCUCCCAGACGAGCUGAUCCCCAAUGGGGACCUGGGUGGCCUGAUGGGCAUGCCCUCCAACGGUGCCCCUGGCGGGGGGGGAGGAGUGCCUGGAGGAGGUCCCCGGGGCCUGGGCUCCAUGGUCCCUGAUGCUGCCGCCAAACACAAGCAGCUGUCUGAGCUCCUGAGAGCGGGGGGUGCUGGGUCCGGUGGCAUGGGCCCCAUGAUGGGGAAAGUCCCUAUGGGCCAGGGCUCGCCGAACCAAGCCCAGAAAGGAAGCCCCGCCAGCGGGCAACAAGGCAACGGCUCCAUGGCGGGCUUCAACCAGGCUAUGAUGAACAGCCAUGGACACGGGAUGCCGGGCCAGGUGAUGAACGGGGCCCUGGGGCCGGCAGGACGAGGCCGGCUGGGGCUGCAGCAGUACCAGGUCCAGGCCAUGCAGGGGGCUGGGGGGGGCGUGGGGCCGGGAGGCAGCAGUGUGCUGGCUGAGACUCUGGCUCAGGGAGGAGGGCAGAUGGGAGCUCACAACGCCAUGAACGCCCAGCAGGCUAGCAACAUGAAUAAGAUGGGUAUGGCUGGCAGUCCUUUUGGGCAGCAGUACGGCCAGGGCGGGGUCCAGCAGCAGAUGGGGGUGAACGCCCAGCAGCAGCUCCGGAACAAGGCAGCCCUUGCCAACAGCCUGCCCCCCUUCCCCAGUGACCUGAAAGGGGCCAGCAGCAUGCCAAACCUGGCCCAGAUGCAGCAGGUAUCCUCCAUGGGCCCUGGCGGUGGGGUGUCUGCGGCCACGGCGAGCCACACGGCCGACCCAGAGAAGCGCAAGCUCAUCCAGCAACAGCUGGUCCUGCUGCUCCACGCCCACAAGUGCCAGCGGCGGGAGCAGGCCAACGGGGAGGUGCGGGCCUGCGCCCUGCCACACUGCCGCACCAUGAAGAACGUCCUCAACCACAUGACACACUGCCAGGCCGGCAAGUCCUGCCAGGUGGCUCACUGUGCGUCGUCCAGACAAAUCAUUUCUCACUGGAAGAACUGCACUCGGCAUGACUGUCCCGUCUGCCUGCCGCUGAAGAACGCCAGCGACAAAAGGAACCAGCAGCCCAUGCUGGGUUCGCCCGGCGCCAGCCUGCAGAGUGCCAUCAAUGCCACGGUGGGCACGGGCCCUCCCGGCAGCUCCCCGGGUUCCUCCAUGAACAGUGGCGGUGCCAGCAGCGGGCACAUCGACCCCAGUUCCAUGCAGCGGGCCUACGCUGCCCUGGGCCUGCCCUACGGUAACCAGUCCCCUGCUCAGGGACAGGGAGGACCUGGAGGACAGAACACAGCCCAGGGAGGGCAGCAGCUACGCUCCAUCAAUGCACUAGGCACUAACAUGAACAUGGCCGGAGGAGGGUUGGGUGUGCCCUCAGAGACCGGCAUGCUCUCGGACUCAUCGCUCCCCUCGUCGCUCAACAAGUGAGUCCGCUCACCCAUUUGGAUUGUCUCUCUGAAUUCUGUGCCCUAGAUCACCUCAACUGGGUGGUACAAAGCUGGGCCCACUACAGUGUACAGCAGCAAUCACCAUUUUUACAAUGAGCUCAAAGUAUUGGGACAGUGAAUUUAGUUUUGUUUUGUCCCUGUACUCCAGCACUUUGGAAUUGAAAUGAUCAAAGGAGAUUAAAGUGCGGACCGUCAGCUUUAAUUUGAAGGUAUUUUCAUCCAUAUCGGGUGAACCGUUUAGAAAUUACACCACUUAUUGUACAUGUUAUUGUACAUGUUCCCCUUUCCCCAAAAAUAUUAUACCAAUUCACUUGUGUAGUCAAAAGUGUAUUAUUUGGUCCCAUAUUCCUAGCAUGCAAUGAUUGCAUUAAGCUUGUGACAACAAAUUUGGUGGAUGCAUUUGCUGUUUGUUUUGUUUGUGUUCCAGAUGAGUUUGUGCCAAAUAGAAAUUAAUGGUAAGUAAUGUAUUGUCAUUGGAGUCGCUUUGAUUGUAAAAAGAAUAUAAUAUUAUUCUAGAGACUUAUACAUUAAUGUGGAUGCUAAUAUGAUUAUGGAU